AGAUCUGGUCCAAAAAUCUGCCUCUUUUGCGGUCACCCAAUCCUGUUGGUUAGUGCCUCACCAUGGCCCCGGGCAGGCCAGGCCCUCCCUGGCCGUGAGCAGCAAUGACCCACAUCGCCUUUCCGCCUUUAGAGAAAGGCACACGGCAGUAGGGGAGGGCUGAGACAGGAGUCAGGAUUGCUGCUUCCCUUCCCUUUUAUUUUUCGGUACAGAGCGUUCUGUUGUUGGCUGUUUCCAGGCGCAGAAGAUUUAGCCAUCAUUCAAAUCGGCAUUUAGAAUGUAGUACGUGCUGUGGGGGUGCGUAGAUUGUUGGUUAUUGUUGCUGGCGAGAUGGUGUAUGGCUGGUUGUGAUGGAGGCGUACUGGCUGUGAUGAGGUGAGAGAGGGUCACACAGACCCCGAGUCCAGAAACAGAAAGGUGUCGGCAAUGUGUGCUGGUCUCGGUUUCUCCGUCAGGAAAGAGUAUGUUUGCGAAGCGGCGAAGCAGGUGAUUGUAACCAGGGGCUUCUUCUUGGCAUGUUCUAUUGAUGGCUUGGAGGUUGACACCGAGGAGGAAGAAAUCUUGCCUGCCUCGUCGAGUUUUUCAAACAAUGAUGAGCUGUGCAUUGUAAAUAGGCUAUGGGCUCCUGCUUACGACAUUAUUCUCGCAGCAUAGAUCGUUCGAAAUAAGUGACGUGUGGCAACGACAUGAACCGUGCAAAGGGAAAAAAACUGUGCAGUCAAUCUAAUAAGGAUUCUCUUCCCGAAGCCGGAACUAAAGCUUUGGGUACAGGAUUAGGCUAGGGCGCACAACAAACGAGCACUCUUGCACAGCGCUCAGGCAAAGAGCACCAUUGUUUACACAAAUUGGUGCCGACACAUUUUGCUGUUUCAAAUUCAAAAGAUGUUUAAACUGGCUACUCUUUGAAGAACUGGGAUUUGAAUCGCGCUGAGAAUAUCCGAAUGGCAGUAGUUUAGCGUAUCUCGGGGGCCAGAGGUGGCAUCGUCUAGAGUUAUAACGAGUUAAGUCAGCAUGAAGACCAUUGUGGUGGCUGGGACAUGCAGUGGGGUUGGCAAGACUUCAAUUGCUGUGGGACUCAUGGCAGCCUACACCCGACGAGGGUUGCGGGUCCAGCCUUUUAAAAUUGGGCCAGAUUUUUUAGAUCCAAUGCACCACACUGCUGCUACAGGUCGCAAUUCCUACAACUUGGAUAGUUGGAUGCUGAGCAGGGAGGUGAACCUGGCCUGUUUCAGGGCACGAGCUGCCGACACAGAUGUUGCGAUCGUUGAAGGGGUCAUGGGCCUGUACGAUGGUCGGGAUGGUAGAUCUGAUGUAGGUAGCACUGCCGAGAUGGCGAAGCUUCUGUCUGCACCUGUGUUAUUAGUACUUGACUGCUGGACAUUGGCACGCAGCGCGGCAGCUAUUAUCCGAGGCUAUACUACUUUUGAUCCUGCCCUUGAUUUCGCUGGUGUUGUGUUCAACAAGGUUGGAAGCCCUGCUCAUACUGCAUGGCUUACAGAGGCUGUGCAGGCAACCGAGUCUGGAAUUCAGGUUCUAGGAGGUCUGCCGAAGGUAUCUGGAAUUCAGCUUCCUCAGCGGCACCUCGGCAUACAAUUGACGGAGGAUGAGGGCAAGUCAUUGGGUUGCAUUCAGCAGCUUGCUGAUUUGGUAGAGCUGUAUAUCAAUUUAGAUGCUGUCUUGGAGUCAGCUGGAGUGUGUGAACCCUUGAAUAGCUAUAGCAGCGCAGAGUUGAGCGAUGAGGCAAGCCAAUGUAGUAGUCCCUUAUCACCAGCAUCACCAGCGUCACCGCCUGGAGGGAAGUAUGUUCGCAUUGGAAUUGCACGAGACGAGGCUUUCUGCUUCUACUACCAGGCCAAUCUAAAUCUUUUGGAAGAAGCUGGAGCAGAACUUGUUUAUUUUUCUCCAUUGAGGGACUUGCUUCCGCCCAGGCUGGACGCGAUUAUUUUUGGAGGGGGUCAUCCAGAAAUUCAUGCCGAGCGAUUGACAGCCAACAAACCAAUGUUAUAUGCUGUGCGGGCUUUUGCACUUGCGGGAGGGAUUGUCUAUGGCGAGUGUGGAGGCCUCAUGUACUUGUCACAAGCCAUUGAGGGCUCUGAUGGGGAGGUAUUUCCUAUGUGCGGAGUAUUCCCCUUCGCUAUUCGCACUCAACCACUCAAGCAUGAAGGCUAUGUGAAGGUGACUCCUCGAAGUGAAUGUGUACUUUUUCCGGCAACCAUCGGCGAAAUUCGUGGACAAGUGUAUCACUCCAGUGAGAUUUUUUAUCCUUCGGGGAAUCAAGUCACUGAUUGCCCAAGAGGGUUGACGAUGAAAAUCGAUUAUGACGAAGCACGAGAGGAACUCGAAGGAUUCAUGCAGGGAAAUGCAAUGGCGAGUUUUGUACACCUGCACUUUGGCAGCAACCCUACAAUGGCACCUGCAUUUGUGGAACGAUGCAGAACAAAUACCACAAAAGCAGCUGCUGUUGCUGCUGCAUCAGCAUCAGCUGUAGCAGGAGCAGGGCCUGUAGCAGCUGCUGCUGCUGGGGCAGCUGCGGCUGCGGCUGUAGCGGCAGCGUUGGGGGAAGCUUCACAGGAAUUGGUUCCGUAUCAUUCUAGCAUCACACUCACUGAACUUGAACCUCCUGGAAGCAGUACAAAACCUCAGUACCUAUCCAGAAGUCUUCUGACUGCUCAAGAGGAGGGCUCUCAUACGCGGAUCUUUGAGAGGAUGAGAUCUUUGUCCCCCCAAGCAUUUUCUGAUGUAAUGUUUGAAGGUCCUCAAGCAGGGCAAAUUCGGCGUUCGGAGUCUUUUGAUCUGGGACGUAGUACAAGCGGAAAUGGUAGGUUAGUCAGGUCUGAGUCGGAAGUGUGUAUUAGCACUGGUGCCAGUCAGUGUUAUGGUAAUGAUAGUUUAAAUGUAGGUCACCACAGAGGGCACCAUAGAGGUAAUAGUUUUAGUGAGUAUUCAGAUCAUAUUCAGCACGAAACCACAAGAAUGAGGCCUUCUGAUCACGUGGGUAAGUCGGAAACUGUAGCCUACAAUGGCAAUCAUCACUCGAGCUCUGGUUUACCGAUGGUUAGAGUCACAAGCAGUACGAACGAUCAGUCCAUUCGCAAGAGUGAUGCCUCAGAAAGUAAUAAAGAAACUCGUGCAACCUUAGAAAAGCUGCAGAAUGGCCAUACGCCUAAAAAAUAUGCUUUAGAUGCUGGACGGCAGCAGUUAAGCUCUAAGGUAGGGAAACCUAUGAACGCGAAGCGGUUUCCCGAGAGGAUAAUUUCAUUGCUGCCUUCCGCCACCGAAAUUUUGUUAGAUAUUGGUGUUGGAGAUCGACUGAUAGCCAUAACGGAUAUGUGCGACAGGCCUCUUGGGGUCAAAUCAAGACGUCAUAUUGUGUGUUCGAGCAAAGUAGAUGUUGGCUCCAUGUCCAGCAAGAACGUGGACUUUGCGUUAAAAGCACUAGCAGCCAAGAAGGAGAGUCAUUGUCGGUUGGACGUGUCAUGGUUGAGUAAAGCGAAACCUGACCUCAUUAUUUCUCAAGAUACAUGUGAACAAUGCGAUAUGCAUGAUAACACUUUGACCACUAUGUUGGCUAAGCUUGGCAUAGUAAGCAAGAGCAUCACAAAAUUGGUCACAUUCAGCCCUAAAACGAUAACUGAUAUGUUAGCUUCAAUAAUGACUCUGGGAGAAGCUGUUGGUCUCUAUUCUGAAGCAUGCUUGCUGGUUGAUUCACUCCGAGCCCGGCUUCGGCGUGUGGCAGCCUCGGUGGCAAAUCAAGACAGGCCUCGGGUUUUGCUACUCCAAGGGAUAGAUCCUUUGCAAUUGGGAGGGCACUGGGCGUUCGAAAUGGUGACUCUUGCUGGAGGUUCCGAAGGGUUGCAAAAACCUGGGUGUCCCCCAGAAACUUUUCAUUUUCAACGACUGAUUGCUUAUGCUCCAGAAGUUCUUAUCCUAGCACCACGCUGGUCCAGCUUGGAUCGAAGUUUGGCAGAGGUUGAGAUUCUUGGGCGCAUACCGGAAUUCUGGUCCAUCCCUGCGGUGGAGAGGAGGGAAGUGUACAUAUGUGACCAUUCUUGCUUCAGCUUUCCUGGUCCAAGGCUUGUGGAGGGCGUGGAGCUGCUUGCGCAUAUCCUGCACCCAUCAGUAUCAAUGAAGAUGGUCAAAGAAGCAGUAUUAAAGUUCUCAUUACCUGUUGGCCAGAGUUGUCGUCCUGAGGAUUUAACGCAUCAUUUCCAUGCGUUUCAAUAGCCUUCCAGUUCGAGCCUUCUGAAGUCUAGAUACAUUCAAAGUUGUACAUUAAUCAUUCAUCUAAUGGCCUUGGGAAAUAACCCUGAUAAGGAAUUCACAGGCCUUUAUUUUGUAGGUUGGUGGCGGAGUAAUGAUUAGUGAUCCUAGAUGUUAAUCGCGUUGGAAUAUUGGCUUGUGACCGAGUCAUUAAUUCAGCGAUUGGUUCAGGUGUAUUUUAAAGCAAAAUAAGAGGAUGCUAUCGUACAAAGAGGUCUGUAGUUC